CUUUCCUUCCUCCUCCCCCGGAGUGGCGUCCCUCUACCUCCCCCGGGUAUCCAGGCCAGGCAGGGGACACCAUGUGAGAGAGGCUCACGGCCGCACACAUCACUAUAAGACAUGGAAACUAACAACCCUUAUGUCUGCACUGGACAUACCCCAAUUCCAAACAACUCAGGACUGAAACAGCUGCCUCAAUCUGUGGAACCAGCAUACACAAAGAGUACUCUUGUAAGCUUUGCUCAGCAGGGAAAAGGUCUAAACGGUGAAAUGCCUGUGAAUGGCCUAAUCUCCUCAGUAUCCACUGAUAUACAUGGUACAUUCACGUCAGAUUCUACUACACUCCGUUCUACAUCCAAUAAAUAUGACUACCUCUGGAACUUCCCCAAAUCCCCAGUUCAUAAGGACUGUAAUGGUCCUGCUCCGUACCUAAGCAAUGGCUCAAAAAUUCACAUGUCUAAUGGCCCCUUUAGUAAGGUUACUUCACAGGAAAUUUGGGAAAAUGGCACUUCCAGUCAUAGUGCUUCCCUCAGCUGUAGCAAACAGGACUUGAGCAAUGUCAGUGAUCAGAACGUCAAGACAGCGUCGGCUCCAGCUAAUGAAAAGCACCAUGAUGUCUCUGAAACCUCUUGCUCUGUUCCUGUGGUUGAGUCAAGUGUAGAGACUUUUUCUCCUACACAGAGUAAAAGGAAACAAAUGGAAGACGAGAACUUUAUCUCAGGGGAUGUGCUGAGGAAUGACCCUGUAUUGGCAGAGAAUGUAGAGCAGUCUGAUUCACCAACAAAUGAUCAAAUUUGUGAGUAUAAUGGGACAGACCAGGAGCAGUCUCUCCUCAGGCAGACCGUUUCCAGACCACUUUCUCCUCCUGAUGUAAGCAGCGUAGAUGACACUUCUCAACCUUCAGUCCAGUUUGAUGAUUCCAUUCUUCCCAUGUCUGAUUCACUGGAGCCUUUUGGUGCAGAUCUUCCUCAAGAUGAUCAAAUUUGUGAGUAUAAUGGGACAGACCAGGAGCAGUCUCUCCUCAGGCAGACCGUUUCCAGACCACUUUCUCCUCCUGAUGUAAGCAGCGUAGAUGACACUUCUCAACCUUCAGUCCAGUUUGAUGAUUCCAUUCUUCCCAUGUCUGAUUCACUGGAGCCUUUUGGUGCAGAUCUUCCUCAAGGCCGAAGCAGUAAUUCACUGUAUGAGUUAGAGGAACUGCAAGCAAAACUCAAAGACUGUAUCCCACUAAAGGAAGUAUCCGCCAUCAGUGGUUCUGUAUACUCUAGCUCUACAUUCACAACUGUUAAUGCAACAUCUUUUUCAGUUCUUGGGGAUUCUGUUAUGCAAGACAGUCAAUCUGCAUUGGAUUCAGGGACUGAGGGAGGCAAAGCUGAAGAACAAAAUCCUGCAAACGGGGUGCCUGAAGUGAAUGAAGGUUCUAGGGGAAGCGCAAGCAAGGGCUCAAAUAUUGCAGAAACCAACAAGUCUAAUAGUGAUCAAGGUUCUGAUGGAAGCCGAACAGAUGAAUCAAAUAUUGCAGAAACCAACAAGUCUAAAAGUGAUCGAGGUUCUGAUGGAAGCCGAACAGAUGAAUCAAAUAUUGCAGAAACCAACAAGUCUAAUAGUGAUAAAGCUUCUGAUGGAAGCCGAACAGAUGAAUCAAAUAUUGCAGAAACCAACAAGUCUAAUAGUGAUAAAGCUUCUGAUGGAAGCCGAACAGAUGAAUCAAAUAUUGCAGAAACCAACAAGUCUGUUGAUGAAGAUUCUGUAGAAAGAAAGGCUAAAGAGCCAAGCAAUAAAUAUGGUAGUGCACCUGAGAAAUCAAUAGAUUCUGAGGAUCCAGAUACUUCAUCAUGUUGUGUUACUGAACUAGAUGAAGAUGCCGGGGGAAGCAGAGUUGAGAAGCAAAACUCUGGGUAUUAUAAAAAGAUGGAUGAUGGCUCUUUGAAUGCAGUAAUCACAGAAAACACAUACCCAGAAUCCAGCACUGUACAUGAACCAGAGCAAGAAGAAUUCAAGCCUAGAGAAGAGAGAGGUAACUUUCAUCGGCGCAGAAUUGCCACACCUGAAGAAGUGCGUCACCCUAUUCUGCAUGGGUGGAAAAGGGAAGUCAGAAUAAAGAAAACCAACAGUCGGUGGAGGGGGGAGACCUGGUACUAUGCUCCCUGUGGGAAAAGGAUGAAGCAGUUUCCAGAAGUCAUAAAGUAUCUUUCUAGGAACCCCAGUCCUGUAGUCCGCAGGGAACAUUUCAGCUUUAGCCCUAGGAUGCCUGUUGGAGACUAUUACGAAGAACGGAAUACAGCAGAAGGAAUACAAUGGAUACAGCUGAGCUCAGAAGAAAUUCCUUCACGAAUUUUGGCCAUCACAGGAAAGAGGGGGCGUCCUCGUAACUUGGAGAAAGCUAAAGCAAAAGAGAACAAGGUGAAACGAGGGAGGGGAAGACCCCCAAAAGCAAGGAUGAUACACCUGCUAAACAAGCCUGAUGCAAAACUAUUGAAAAAGCUGGAAAAUAAGAUGGAAAAUCAAGAAAUUCUCAGCGAUGAAGAAAAGUUGCAACUGAGAAAGUUGAAGAAGAAAAUGAGAAGAAAGGCAAGAAACCUGGAAGCUAAACAAGAGGCUGCCAAGAAAGCAAAAAUAAAAAAAAGCAAAGAAGAAAAGCAGAAGGUCAGUGAGCAAGCACACAACACUGAGAAGGGAAAAAUAAAGCAAAAACUAAAAGAGAAAACAAAUAUUUCUGCUCACAAAUCUGACCGGAAACUGCUUGCUCAGCAGCGCCGUCUAGAGGAGCGAAAGCGCCAGCAGUUCAUGCUAGAUGAGCUAAAGAAACCAACAGAGGAUAUGUGUUUGUCUGAUCAUCAGCCGUUGCCAGAGUUCCCUUGUGUUCCUGGUGUGAUCCUUCCCAGCGAUGCCUUUUCGGAUUGCUUAACCACUGUGGAGUUUCUACACACCUAUGGCAAAGUAUUAGGACUUGAUGCAACCAAGGAUGUACCCAGUUUGUACACUCUACAGGAGGGACUUCUUAAUGUAGGAGACAGUUUUGGAGAAGUCCAAGACUUAUUGGUGAAACUUUUGAGGGCAGCAAUGACUGAUCCUGGACUUCCUCCAUAUUGUCAGUAUCUUAAGAUUCUAGGAGAAAAGGUAGCAGAGAUCAGCCUAAACCGGGACAGUGUGUCUGAAAUUCUGCGGCUCUUCCUGAACGCUUAUGGUGGUGAUAUUGAUCUUUGUGAAAGUCUUCGGACCCAUCCAUUCCAUGCCCACCCACCACAUAUCAAAGCUGCAGUACUUGUAUUCCUUGUUAAUGAACUAAAUGGUAGCACCCUCAUCAUCAAUGAAAUGGAGCAAACCCUGGAGAACAUGUCACACUACCGCAAAAACAAGUGGAUUAUAGAAGGCAAAAUCCGUAGACUAAAGUUUGCAUUGGCUAAAAAAAGUGGCAAGCCAAAUACCCCAGUACCCAGUCUAGCAGAAGGUAGGAGGAGACGCAGUGAACGCCACCCUGAGGAAACUGGAGAGAUAGAUGGUGAUGACGGUCUCUUACAGAAAACUGCUAUAGAUGAGGAGGAAGAUGUUUCCUCUUGCUUGAGUGUUGGGGAGCUAGAAAGUCAAAUCGAGAAACUUACAAAGCGACACUUGUUUUUUCGGAAGAAGUUGCUGAGCUCCUCACAGAAGCUUCGAUUUGUGUCUCUAGGACAAGAUCGCUACCACAGAGUCUACUGGAUGCUGCCACACUUAGGUGGCAUAUUUGUAGAGGGUACACAUGGGACAAAUGGGCAAACUCAAGAAAAUCUUCUGACUGAAACUUCCCUAUUAUCCUCAAUUAAAACAGAGGAUAUUAAAGAAACUGAUGAAAAGCCUUUCAAUACACCUAACCGCUCACGAGGACGCCCGCGGAAGUCUAGAAGUGAACCACAUCAUCAUUGUAUUUUGCACCAGUGUUCAGAUUCAUGGAAUGACACAAUGAAUGAUAUAGAUUUGAACUCUCGCAGUAGUCCUAGUAGUGAGUUUCAGAAUCUGAACAGUGCAGUGCUGACUCCUGAGAACAGCCCUCCUCACUCUGAGUCAACAGCCAAGUUGCCCACAGAAGAAAGUCAGUGGUGCCAACUGAUCCCCAGUACUCCUUUCAGUGACCCUUUGCAAGAAACUCCAGCUAACCCAAGCAACUUUCUUCCCCCCAAUUCUUCUGCAGUUCAGGCUGUUACAUGUAAAGGAGAGGAGCAGUAUCCUGCAGUUUCAGGAGCCACGCCCUGUCUUGCAUGCACCAAUUUUCGGAGAAGUUCUAUUCCACAUCAUGAGAAACCCCUAGACUCCAACACUGUAUGUGACUCGGGUCAGAAAAAGCACAGAGGACGUCCUCCAAGUAAGGUGCUGAAACAGAUAGAAGAGAAGUAUUUCAGCCAACUCACUAAAAGGCCUGUACCAGCUGAUAUGAGACAAAAAUGGUGGUGGAUAAAAGACUCAGCUAUUUUGGAAUCCUUGCUUAAAACUCUGCACCCACGAGGCAUCCGGGAAAAAAAUCUACACAAGCAUCUAACAAAGCAUUUGGAACAUCUCAAGGAGAUGUGUUUCCGGCCAGCCAGUGAUUCUAUCUUUGAAUUCAUCCCAACAGACGGUCAGCCUGUGAGCCAUGAGACAGUGGAGAAAUGGUCUGUGACUGACUGGACUUUCCGAGCAGACAUGUCUAUUCUUCAGUGGGUUGAAAAUUUGGAACAACGUAUCUUUUUAUCUGACCUCCAACAAAGGGGAUGGACCCCUCCUAGUCUAGACUCUGCUAGAAAUGACCUGAAGCACUUUGAGUACCAGCUGGAUGCUUUUGAUGAUAUUCUAGUUAAGGUGAAAAAGGAAGAGGGAAGUUCACAAAGAGAUACUGCUAACCCCUUGGACCUGGCUGUGUUGCGGCUUUUGGAGCUAGAGCAAAAUGUGGAAAGAAGAUACCUAAAGGAACCCCUCUGGCUGCUUAGUGAGGUGCAACAUGAGAAGGUUCUGUUAACAGACCUGGAAGAUCCCCUCUCCACCACUGAGAUUGAAUACACUUUUACUCCUCGCAUGCGUUUAUGGCGCCAAACUGUUGAUCGAUGUAGAAGUGCUGCUCAACUUUCGCUAUGUUUACAGCAGCUGGAGAAAUCGUUAGCAUGGGAACGCUCAGUUACUAAAGUGACAUGCUUAAUUUGUCAUAAAGGAGAUAACGAUGAACAUCUGCUCUUAUGCGACAACUGCGAUCGUGGCUGCCAUACUUACUGCCACCGUCCACAAAUAACUGAAAUUCCAGAAGGUGACUGGUUCUGUCCAGCUUGUGUGGCACUGCAAAAGGGGUGUGAGUUUUUUCAGUCCUCUGGCUCGUCCAGGCGACACAAAAAGUGUCGGAUAGGAUUCCAGGAGAGCAAUAAUUCCCCAAAGGCUUCUAAACGUCGAGAUAAUUCAGCGGUUUGUCUACACGCCUCACCUGAAGGGCCACUUUCAAAGCGGAGGCGCAUAGCAACAAGGAGUCGGAGUCCUGACCUUACGUUUUGCGAGAUUAUCCUAAUGGAGAUGGAAUCACAUGAUGAAGCAUGGCCCUUCUUAGAGCCUGUUAACCCAAGACUUGUGCCAGGCUAUAGGAAAAUAAUAAAGAACCCCAUGGACUUCUCUACAAUGAGGCAGAAGUUGCUGAAUGGCAAGUACUCAAGCUGUGAUGAAUUUGCAGAGGAUGCAGAACUUGUAUUCAGCAACUGUCAGCUGUUUAAUGAAGAUGAGUCCGAGGUGGGAAGGGCUGGCCUUAUUAUGAAGCAGUUCUAUGAAAGUCGCUGGGAGGAGUUGUGUCAGGGACGCAACCAGGAUGCACUUUGAUACUGGAUUUCAUUGACUUGACAAUAUUUUUGUCCCAUCAGCACUGAAAACGGGUUCAGCUCUUUUGUUGCCUGUAAAUCUUCUAAGUGUUGUGUUGUAUAUUGCUGGUGAUUUAUGGUGACUCUGGUUAAUAUAUUAUCUAGGAGCACCUACAAAUAACUUUUAUCCUUUGGGCCAGGAUUCCCUUCUUCUGACCAAUCAUCUAUUAUAGAGGAAUUAGGCUGAGUACUAUUAGCCACAAAUUUACACAUUUUUCCCUGAUCCAUUGAUUGAUUAAUUUAUGUAUAUUUCCAUUAAUUUUUAAGUACAAAUAGUACAUGCAGAACCUACAUAAGAAAACAUGACAGCUCAUUCUGUAUACAUGAAAUUAGCAUAAUGGAAUAUACCUACAUAUUUUAAAUGUUCUCUUAUGUAUACAUUUCAUAUGGACAAUAAGUCUACACAUUCCUUAUACACAAGUUUUUAAAUGAAUUACAUGAAACACUUUGACAUGAAUAUCCAUUUUAAAAUUUAAAUCUUUUUUUUUUCUUUUCUUCACAAUACAUUUAUUUUAUCGCUAUUAUCCAUAUUUAUAUAAUCAAACUAGAUAUAGAGACCUUCUUCUUGGCAUUCGCAAAUGGUGACAUCUUUUUUUAACAGAGGUUAGAAGAGGUGUCUCCUGAUUAGUAUAAUUUAAAUUAUUGUUUUAAUUAGAAGGCCAGUAAUGUUGGUGGUAAUGCUUGAAGGGCUUUUAAUAUUUCAUGAGCCCUGGGUUCAUGUUGCCCUCAUGUUGCUUCCACUUGUUAUCAAUCUUGUAUGACUUUUUGUUUUUUCCUUUCAUGGACACUACCUCCUCCAACCACCUUCCUCCUCUGCGUCACCUGUCUACUGGCUGUGAGCUACCAGCAUAUGCACUGUGUUGUAACUCUGGCCCCAAACUUCCUAUAAACCUUCAGCACUACAGGGUACCCAGAGUGUAAUCACUGCCUAGAUUUCUGUAACACUUUGCUGAGUGGCAGGGAAGGGAUGUGGCAUCCUGUAUUGUAUGUAUGUAUGUAUGUAUGUUGUAUAUUUAUUUAAAAUUGUCUGGACUACACAAGACAUUCACUUCCAGUAUGUAAUAUCUUAUAUGUUUUGCUUGGCAAGCAUAUUUUGUAGCUAUCUUCUCUUGUCUUUUCUUGAUUAGUACUAGAGAAAUUUCUUGCAUUGCAGCCCCCUAAGUCAUUGAUGGUGUUUAUAGAGAAACCAAGCUGUUUCUUCAAAAAUGCCCAUUUUGAUUACAUUGUCACUGAAAGCUGCCUAAUGCUCCAUCUUACAGUUGGCUAAUGUGUAAUUGCCUCCCCCUCUGUUACCGGUACAUUUUAUAUUUACGGAAUCGGGAGAGGAUGUAUGUGGUAACACUCUUGAAAUGCAUCCAACAUGACGUUAAUCAUUCCCAGUAUGGUUGUAGUGGAACCUUGUUUUAGAAUAUCAUUUUCCUUUUAAAUUCAGCAGUGCCCACAUACCGAUUACUCCCACUAAGUUCUGUCUAUAAAUAUACUCUCACACAAAUCUAUUAAACCAUAUUUAAGACUUGCUUUUGCAAUGAAAUUCUGUUGCUAGACGGUGAACAACAUAUGUACUUUGCUUUUUCUGUUGGCUGUACAUAUUGUGGUCUUGUAUUAUUAUUAUAAGACUUUCUGCUUAAACCCACUUAAAUGCCGUGAUUAGCCAUUAUCAUCUUUACUCGCUACCUUCAAAGCUCCAAUAGUGAACAGGAAAGCAAUAGUCAAACCAAGUUUCAUCUGUUGCCCGAUUUGGUUGUCCCCUCAUUAGAGCAUAACUCUUUUUUUCUAAUUUAAGCAGUUAUAUUUAAUUGCUUAAAGUGAUUAAUAGUACAAGUUUAUUUAAAUCUUUUCUUAUCAUGUUCGUGUCAUUCAGGGGAUGACUAGUAGCAACCUUAACCUUUAUAUGCAGAAAAUAUUAUGUAAUAUAUAUAAUUAUUAUUAUUUUUUAUUUUUGAGCACUAUUAAAUUUUCAGUGCAUACAGCUGCAAUAUAUAUGUAUAUAAAGCAAUAAAUCUUUGGAUUUCAGUUCUUAGUUACCUCAAACAGGAAUAAAAAAAUUGUUGUUAAAUAAACAGUGUUCUUGUAAGACAACAAGAUUGCAUACCUCCUGCCUUUCAUUAUAAACUUGAUACAUGUGGGCACAUUAAGAAGGUUGAUGUUUAGUUUUUUAUUUUUUAUUUUCCUCCUCCUUGAUUUUUUUUUUUUUAUAGUCUGUUUUAGAUUAUAUUAAGGUGUGUGCAGUUGAAUAAACCCUCAAAACAUCUCUACAUCCCAUGUGGGGGUGUAUGUUAGGGGGAUUUUGUUUUUUCUUCAGAGGAAAUAUAUUUAAAACUAUAUAUGUGAGUCUCAUGCUCUUUUAGUUAUUUUCUCCGGUUUGAGGAAAAGUAAAACCAGGGUUAGAACUGGGCGAGGUUUGAACUCAUGAUAUGCAUGCUGGUACAGCUGCAAAACAUAUUUUUAUAUUCUGUAACUUUAGAUGUAUUUGGGUAACUUUUUGGUUUGUUUUAUAAAUGUUGAAAUAACUUUAUAAUAUGCAUAUUUAUAUUUUUUAUGUAAAUGGAAGACCUGUAACACAGUUUUCUGUUUAAAUAUUGUUAUGGGAUGCUUAUGUUUUACAAUAUGUGAUGUCAAUUUUGGGUUGGUCUCUGGGAAAUAGAUUAAAUGUAAACAUUCUCUAAUAGACUGAGUUAUAUUGCUUAAGGUAUUGCCUGGAUGCAUUUUUUUUAAUACAAUUUAUACAUUGAUGUGUGGGCCACAAUGUAUCCUGUGCACUAUACUGCAUUUCACAUUUAAAAUAACCCUCGGGAUGGUGUGCAAAAAAGUAGUAAUUUAUAAGAUUUUAGAAUUAUUUUUAGAAUGCUUUUGUGACUGUUUAACAUCCUGCAAAACUGGCAACUUUUUACCCUUCAUUUGAAUAAACAAACGUGAGGGCUGUAAAUGACAAUGUUGCUUUGAAGCUCAUUCAUUUUCUAUAUUGGCUGAGUUACUAGUUAUUUUUGCAGCAUUUAUAUAUAUAUAUAUAUAUAUAUAUAUAUAUAAACAAAAUAUUUUUUUUGUUUAUAUAAUUUAACUUUUUUCUUUUUUAAAACCCUAACCAGCAGUUUCUUCUUCUCUCACAAGGUAGCUAUGCAUUUGAGUACAGGGUGUUCUAAGACUUAAGUCAGGGUCAGUUUAAUGUUGCAGACUCUACUCCCUUUCAUGUAAGGUAUCUCUCUAAGCUGGUACCAUGUGUUUUUUUAUUAUGGUUGUUUUUUUAUAAUUUAUUUAUAUGUAUAAUUUUUGCUGUAUAGGGUAAUUGUGGUGUCCUUUUUGUUUUCUCCCUCUGUUUCAUCCUCAAAACAAUAUAGGAAUAAUACAGGUUCAAGUCUUUGCUACACUGAAUUGGGACUCUGUAGGGGAUUUUUUUAUAUUGUUAAGCUAAGCAACCACUCUGCAAAAUUUUGGUUUUUACUGAUUUAUGGACCACUGUAUUUUGCAACACAAGUGUCUUGGCUUUACAGUCUUUAAAUAACCCCCACUCGCUCUCACAUACUAUAUUUUGUUUUAUAUAUAUUAUAUUAUAAAUGUGUAUAUAUAAUUGUGUUAUAGUGAAUUUUGAUAAAUGUACAGUUUUUCUGUGAAUUUUAAAUUUUCUUUCUAUAUUUUUAGGACCAAUCUCAUUUUUAAUAAAUAUGAAAAAAAAUAAAAAAAAAUAUCAUAUUGUUGCACAUGUGCUGUAGUGUGCCCUUUUUAGAAGCUGAAUAUAAUAAAAAAAAAAUCAGACCAAAUAAAA